AUGACUCAUCAAGGAGAGGCAGAUGAAGCUGUCGAAGAAGAAAUCGAUAUUGAAACAUUGGAAUUACCACCGUUACCUGAACAUAUUCAAGCUCUUUUAACCCCUAAAUAUCGACUUGUAAUCACUAAAAUUGAAAUAAAUAAUUUCAAAUCAUUUGCUGGUCGUAUUCAACUUGAUCAAUUCGAUGAACAUUUUACAUGUAUUAUUGGGCCUAAUGGUAGUGGUAAAAGUAAUGUAAUUGAUUCACUUCUCUUUGUUAUUGGACAUCGAGCAUCAAAAAUGCGUGGUGCAAAAUUGAGUACACUUUUACAUAAUAGUGCCGAAUGUCCAAAUGUAAAAAGUUGUUCAGUAACUGUAUAUUUUGAAGCUAUAGCAAUUGAAGGAGAAAAGGAAAAAAUACGUUUUUCAAUAACACGUAUUGCAUUUCCUGAUAAUUCAAGCCAUUAUAAAAUCAAUGAAAAACAAGUUUCAUUAAAAGAUGUAACAAAUUUAUUACGUGAAUAUGGUGUUGAUCUUGAUCAUAGUCGUUAUUUAAUACUCCAAGUAUGUCAAAAAAACUUCUUCAACUAG